AUGGACCCUCAGCAGCAGCAGCAGCCGUCGGGCCAGGCUUUCGACCAUGGCGGGCGCCAGAAUAGUUACAACGCGAUACCUGCGUCCAACAACAUCAUGAGCUCGUUUCCCAGUCAGGAUCCCAUCAUGGAGCCGAACUCGAUCAACCUGCGCCCGUCUGCGUUCAACUGGAAUACUCCAUCCGAGACUGCACUGCCGUCGAUGCAGAGUUUGGACUUGAGUAACCCCCACGCGGCGGCGGCUUCAUCGAUGCAGCAAUCGCAGCAGAUGCCAGGGAUGGGUCAAAACCUCCACAUCCAAACGCAGUUUCCGCAGAUGCAGCACAUGCCCAUGCCAUACGCCACGAACAACAACCCCAUGUCGAUGGGUAUGGUCAUGAACAACCAUGGUGGUGGUAUGGGGCAGCAGCACAAUAUUCAACACCACCAACAAGGCGGCGGUGGGCUUGCACUGCGAAGUCCCAUGGCUCUCAGCGGUGGCGCGGAUCACAUGAUUCCCCACAUGUACCAGCACCACCCCCAACAGCAUCACAACGUGCCGCAACAGCACCACCACAUGCAACAACCUCAGCAGGGAUACGCGUCGCCAAUGCCCCAAACGUACGGUGCCCAGGAUCCCAUGAAGCUCAACAACAUCAUGUCUGCGCCAGUCCAAGCGCCGACAUCCGCGGUCCAGCCCACCCCGAUUCCAUCGCGCCUUCCUUCCGCAGCAAGUGGAUUUCCCUCCACGUACGAGUUUGAAGUGGUGCUCCAAAAAGGUGAACAUGGGCUGUGCAUGAAUAUGGGGAUUAAAAUGGGCAGCGUUUCCGUGCUCGGAUUCCGUCAACCUUUGCCAGGCGUCAUCGGUCCAGCUGAGGCUUGCGGCAUGAUCCAAGUCGGGGAUGAUCUCGUGUGCGUAGACGGCAUAAUGCUCAACAGCUCGGACGACUUCAAGAAGGUCGUACCGCAUUUAAAGAGCGACCUGCCCGCCAAGCUUCGGUUCCGCAGGUCGCCGCAACCACAGCAGCAGCAACAAGCCCCCAUGUUUCAACCGCUCACGGCUCCAGUCAUCCCGUCGCUGACGGGAACAGGUUCGUCCGGCAAGGUUUACCAGAUCAACGAAAUCUUCAUGGGCGUGCGAUACCUCGGUCCAAAUCAAUGGGCCGCCGAAGUCAAGACCCACCAAGGCGACCAGCAGUUGCAACGUCUCGGCGAGUUCGCGACCGAGUACUUGGCGGCGCAGGCAUACAAUGCAUACUUGCUCCAAACGUACGGCCAGCAAGCGAUGAAGUACAUGCACCCAGCGACGCGGCACCAGAACAGUCACCCGAUGCCCCAGCACUUGAAUCCGCACCAGCAGCAGCAGCAGCACCAUCACAUGAUGCAAAUGCAGCAACAGCAACAUAUGAUGCAACAACAACACCACCGCAUGCAGCAGCAGCAACAACAGCACAUGAAGCCGCAGCCGCCGCGCCCUCGCGGACCGAUUCUCCACGCCAUGUUCACCGUCGAGCAAAAGGAACAGCUGCGGGCACAAAUCAUGGUGUUCAAGUUUAGUACGAGCGGCAGCGGGAUCCCGACUGACCUGCUCCGCGUUGCCGUCCGCGGUGCCGGUGGCGAGCUUGAAUUCAAUACUGGUCCCAAGGAACGGUCCCGAAAGAAGACGUUUAACGACACAGCGCCCAAAAACAAACGCAUGAAGUUUAGCGGAGGCCGCAGUCGGGCAGGUCGAAAUCGUGGCCGAGGUCGUGGCGCAUUGUCGGAUGACGAUGACGAGGGCGACUUCAAGGAAGACGACGACGAUGACACCAAUGAAGUUGCCGAUAACAAGCCGGAACCGAACGUGCGGCGGUCGAGUCGCAACCAAGGCAAGGAGAAGAAGCGGUACAGCGAAGUAGCAGACAUUGAUUUGGACGAAGAAGAAAUGCCGAGGGAGACAUCGCAGCAGCAGGAAAAGGAGGACCAGGGGCCCCAGAUGGACAAGAUCAUUGCCGUUCGAUUCGUCGAGCCAGACAUGUCGAUGGAGUUUUUGAUGAAGUGGAAGCACUUUUCGUAUCUGCACGUGACGUGGCUAUCGACAGCCGACAUUGAGGGGUACGGCAAAGGCGCGGUCAUGCGCAUGCGGCGAUACAUGCAAAAGAACGCGCGCGACGUCGAAGUCGCCCGGAUGAACCCGAGCGACCGGUCCGAAGAAACGACCCAUUACUUUUCUCCUGCCUAUGUUGAGGUCGACCGCAUCCUGGACAUGGCGCCCGUCGAAGAGAUUGUGAACCACGAAACGCGCGAAUUCAGGCGCGGCAUCAAGUACUUGAUCAAGUGGCGUGACCUCAGCUACGCCGAGUGCUCGUGGGAGUGGGCCGAAAACAUCUCGGAUGACCGCAAGAUUGCCACAUAUCAACGAUACAACCACCCACCUCUGUUGGAAAACGCCCCGCGCGCCAUGUUUGAAGAUAUUCGGCCACACGCGUCUCAAUGGGCCAAAUACCCCGAGUCCCCGAUGUACAAUGAAAACAACACGCUGCGGUCGUAUCAGUUGGAAGGACUCAACUGGAUGGUCUUUUGCUGGUACAAUCGCCGCAACUGCAUCUUAGCCGACGAAAUGGGCCUUGGGAAGACCGUGCAGGCCACGGCGAUUCUCGAGCACUUGCGACAACACGAACACAUCCGCGGUCCGUUCCUGGUUGUCGCCCCGUUGGCCACCCUCGGCAAUUGGAAGCGCGAAAUCGAGGGAUGGACGUCGAUGAACUGCGUCGUGUACCAUGAUUCCGAGGGCGGCGCCGACACUCGCGCGUUCAUCCGACAGCACGAGUUUUACUACAAGAACCAGCCGGAGUACUACAAGCGAAACAACGUGUACAAAUUCAACGUGCUUGUGACGUCGUACCAAACGCUAAUGGCGGACGCAGAACUGCUGCAAGAGAUUCGAUGGCGGUACAUUGUGAUCGACGAAGCGCACAAGCUCAAGAACCGAGACGCGAAGCUCCUCGCGUCACUACGGACAUUCAACUGGGACUCGUGCUUACUCAUGACGGGCACACCGCUCCAGAACGGCGUGUUUGAGCUCUGGUGCUUGCUCAACUUUAUCGAACCAGAGAAGUUUCCGUCGCAGCAGGAGUUUUAUAACCAGUAUGGCGACCUAAGCAGCGCGGAGCAAGUGGCGAGUUUGCACGAGCAACUGCGGCCAUUCAUGCUGCGACGUGUGAAGGAGGAUGUCGAGAAGAGCAUCCCACCCAAAGAAGAAACCAUCAUCGACGUGGAAUUAACCACGAUGCAAAAAAAGUACUAUCGCGCCAUUUUCGAGCGGAACCGAUCGUUUUUGAACCAAGGCAGCAACGUCGCUGUCGCGAAUCUGAUGAACGUGGAAAUGGAACUGCGCAAGUGCUGCAACCAUCCGUUUCUCAUUCGCGGCGUCGAACAAAAGGAGCUUGCAAACAUUUACCACGAAGCCGACCGAAGUCGUGUGUUGAUUCAAGCAAGUGGCAAGCUCGUGCUCCUGGAAAAGAUGCUGUCCAAGUUCAAAGCCGAAGGGAAGAAGGUUCUUGUAUUUUCCCAGUUUAAGAUCAUGCUCGACAUCUUGGAAGACCUGUUUCACGCGCGCCAUUAUUCGUUUGAACGCCUCGAUGGGUCGCUGCUCGGCAACGCCCGUCAAGCCGCCAUCGACCGCUUCAACGACCCCAAAUCGGACACGUUUGUUUUCUUGCUGAGUACACGGGCGGGGGGAGUCGGGAUCAACUUGAUUGCCGCGUCGAUCGUCGUGCUCUUCGAUAGCGACUGGAACCCGCAGAACGAUUUGCAAGCAAUCGCGCGUUGCCAUCGCAUUGGGCAAACCCAAGCGGUGCGCAUCUUCCGACUCGUCACGAAGAAAACGUAUGAAGCACAGAUGUUUGAAAUUGCAAGCAAAAAGCUCGGAAUGCACCAUGCCGUGUUCGAAACGGGCGGCGUCCGAAAGGACUUUGACGGGAGCGACGACAGCAACAUGAUGUCGCUGAUGUCGCUGGACAAGGACAAGGUUGAGAUGAUGAUCCGGUACGGCGCGUACGCGAUCAUGAACUCGGACGAGGAAGACCCGGAAAAUGCCAAGAUCAACGAGCUUGACAUUGACCAGCUCUUGAGCUCCAGUCGAACGAUUCGCUACGACCCGACUGGGAACAAGGAAGAGGCGACCGGCAACGCGCUGUCGUUUUCGAAGGCCACGUUUACGGCCGAGACGUCGGACGCGACAAUUGACUUUGAGGAUGCCCAAUUUUGGGACAAGGUGCUCGGACCCAAGACAAUUCAGCUGCUCACGACGCAGGUUGAGAAUGGAUCGCUCUUGCAAGCGUCGCUGCCCGAGAUAAAGGCGUUCCUGACGUCGUUGCGGGAGCUGGCUCGCCAACUCGUCAAGAAUCGGCAAAAGGGCGAAAAGAACCCGGAAGCCGAGCAGAUUUUGUCCAUUUUGAUCGAAUUGAAAGUGCGGGGGCCAGUCAACAAGCAAGUCAACGUGAAAACGAUUGCAAGCGACUGGCUCGAAGUGAUUGAGCGACCGAAGCGCCGAAGAAACCAGGAAGUCGAGAGCGAACUCAUGUACCACCCGUUCUUGGACGACUCGGAGAUGGACGGCGACGGCGUGGGUGGAGGAAGUGGUGGCGGUGGCGGCUCGAAGAAAUCCAAGAAGAAACAGAAGACGUCGUCGGGCCACAAACUCCGAGUCGCCGAUCAGUCGAGUGCGAUUGUUGUGACGAUUGCGGCCGAAGGCAACGGAUACCGCGUUGUCCGCGUGCACAGUGACAAGAAGGAAGUGAACCGCCAUGUCCAUGUGGACGUGGAGGAGGCAGACCACGCGUCGGACGAGGACGCGCUCUUCUCGGACGAGGACGACUACGAUGAAAAGCCACAUAACUCACGCCACAAGGACUCGUCCAAGAAGAAACAGCCAGCAAAGGAACUUUCCCGUCGGCCAGUCAUGCCCAAGCCGCUCGAAACGAUCGACGGCGUGCCGGUCGACGAGCUAUGGUGUCGCGUGUGCUACAGCGAUCAAGGAUUUGAUGACGACCCGAUCGUGCAGUGCGAAAAAUGCAAGUGUUCGGUCCACAAGUUUUGUUAUGGCAUCGUCAAGGUACCCGAAGGCGACCUCCCGUGGUACUGUGACCUCUGUGACGCCCACAUGGCCGCCGAGACGGUGCCGCAGAAGUGCAUCAUGUGCCCGUUGGAGGUCAAGGAGACAGCGUUCAAAGAAACAGUCGACAAACAAUGGGUCCACGUUGUGUGUGCGCUCUGGUCCCGCGGCGUCGAGUUUGAAGACAUCGAGCGCAUGAAGGGGCUCAAGAACGUGCAGUCGACGAUGGAUGCGAUGGAGGACGCGACCAAGGCCGCGCCGUGCGCCCUGUGCGAACGCACGUCGGGCAGCAAGAUCAAGUGCUGCCGCAACGGGUGCGACGUGCACUUCCACGCGCUCUGCGGGCGCCAAACGUUUGGCGUGUAUGACAUGUACAUGAACGAUGCGGGCAACCUCCGGUCGUUUUGCAAAGAGCACCGACCCAAGUUCCGCCCGCGGCUGCACAAUAGUUAG